CCCCCUCCUCCUAAUUGGGCCCCCCUCCUCUUAAUGGGGCCCCCUUCCUCUUAAAGGAGCCCCCCUCCUCUUAAUGGGUCCCCCUCCUCCUAAUUGGGCCCCCCUCCUCUUAAUGGGCGGGGGUCCGUCCCACUCCCUAUUUCCCCCCUCCAUAUGGGGAUCCCCUCGGACCGAACCAAUGCAUGUUGCAGGGGGGAGGGGUGGACCACACCAAUGCCCCCGGCGGGGGUGUCUAUCACCCCCUUCUCUCACCUCCACGUGGGGACCCUGGACCGAACCAAUGCAUGUGGCAAGUGGGGGGAGGCGGACCGCACCAACGCACCCAAUGGGCGGGGGUCCGUCCCACGCCCUAUUUCCCACCUCCGUAUGGGGAUCCCCUUGGACCAAACCAAUGCAUGUGACAAGUGGGGGGAGGCGGACCGCACCAACGCACCCAGUGGGCGGGGGUUCAUCCCACUCCCUAUUUCUUCCCUCCUUAUGGGGAUCCCCUCGGACCGAACCAAUGCACUUGGCAGGCGGGGGGACCCCGGCCCGCACCAAUGCCUCCAGCAGGGGGGGUCCAUCCCCUUCCUCUCCCUCUCCCACCUCCACGUGGGGACCCGGGCCCGAACCAACGCCUGUGCCAAGUGGGGGGGGGUGGACCGAACCAACGCCCCCGGCCGGGGGACCCCAGUCUGCACCAACGCCUCCAGCAGGGGGGGGGUCCAUCCCUUUCCUCUCCCUCCCCCACCUCCCCGUGGGGACCCAGGCCCGAACCAACGUGUGUGCCAAGUGGGGGGGGGGGCGGACCGAACCAACACCCCCGGCGGGGGGACCCCAGUCUGCACCAACGCGCCCCGCAGGGGGGUCCAUCCCCUUCCUCUCCCUCCCCCACCUCCCCGUGGGGACCCGGGCCCGAACCAACGCAUGUGCCAAGUGUGGGGGGGGGCGGACCGAACCAACGCCCCCCGGCGGGGGCACCCCUCUCCCCCCUUCUCCCGGCAGGAAGUUCCCGGAGCUCUUCGCCCAGUUCAAGUCUUUCUUCGGCGUCAAGGAGCUGAGCUUCGGGGGCCCCGAGCGGCCCGGCGGCGGCGGCGAGGGCGGCGUGUGCCGCGAGAUUGACUACGCCUCCUGCAAGCGCAUCGGCUCCAGCUACCGGGCCCUGCCCAAGACCUACCAGCAGCCCAAGUGCAGCGGGCGCACGGCCAUCUGCAAGGAGGUGCUCAACGACACCUGGGUCUCCUUCCCCUCCUGGUCCGAGGACUCGACCUUCGUCAGCUCCAAGAAGACGGCCUACGAGGAGCAGCUGCACCGCUGCGAGGACGAGCGCUUCGAGCUGGACGUGGUGCUGGAGACCAACCUGGCCACCAUCCGGGUGCUGGAGAGCGUGCAGAAGAAGCUGAGCCGCAUGGGCCCCGAGGAGCAGGAGCGCUUCCGGCUGGACGACUGCCUGGGGGGCACCUCCGAGGUCAUCCAGCGGCGGGCCGUGCACCGCAUCUACGGCGACAAGGCGCCCGAGGUGCUGGAGAGCCUCAAGCGCAGCCCGCUCUCGGCCCUGCCGGUGGUGCUGAAGAGGCUGAAGGCCAAGGAGGAGGAGUGGCGGGAGGCCCAGCAGGGCUUCAACAAGGUCUGGCGGGAGCAGUACGAGAAGGCCUACCUCAAGUCGCUGGACCACCAGGCCGCCAACUUCAAGCAGAACGACGCCAAGGCCCUGCGCUCCAAGAGCCUCCUCAACGAGAUCGAGAGCGUCUACGACGAG